CGGGCGAGUCGAGAUAAAGACAAUGACAGCAUUCAUUCACCCACAGACGCCAACAGCCAUAGUCAAAUGAGACAGGUCCACUUCCUCUGGGAGACGUGUCCGUCCGCCGUCACACCGCAGAGAGGACGGAGAGGAUGGAGAGGAGGUCGGCCGAGGAGCUGCUCCCGGACGCCGCGGAGGGAGGCCUGAAGGAGCUGGUCCUGAGGUGGUUCACCGAGACCCAGGCACCGGUCAUCCUGCACAACGGGAACUUCCCGGACUGGUUCCAGGGCCUCGCUGCCAGAAAAGACGCUGAGGAUCUGCUGAGAGAUAAACCUCUGGGAUGUUUUCUCAUCCGCCUCAGUGAUAAAACCAUCGGCUACAUCCUGUCCUACAAGGGCCACGACAGGUGCCGCCAUUUUGUCAUCAACCAGGAUCAGGACGGACACUUUGUCAUAGCAGGAGACUGUCAGAAGUACGGCAGCCUGCCCGAGCUCAUCGAGCACUACAAGGUCAGCCCCAUCCAGCCCUUUGGAGAAUACCUCUCCUCCAGCUGCUACCAGGUGGAGACUGAUGAGUUGUACGACGUGGUGAGCUAUAAGUAUAAGAGGGAUUCUGGGGUGAGCGUCCAAGCUCUUCGGGCCCUGUGGGACCAGAAGAACUCACCUCAGGUCCAUCCUGGGAACAAUGAAAGGACUCAGCAGAACAAAGAUCCUUCUAAAGCUCACCCACCAACGCUUCCACCCAAAUCCAACAACAGGAAACUGACAGGAACAGUGUCUGUAGACGCAGUGUCUCUGUCACAGGCUCUGCCUCCGGUACCAAAAAGAGGAAUGCCUCCGGCCUUCGCUCUGAGCGGAUCUCUGCCCGACACGACUUCCCAUCCAGACGAGACGGAUUCAACCAGAGCAGAGGGACUCACAGGAAGCACAGCAUCGGGAGAUCUCAGCCCAUCUGGCGUCAUGUACUCUGAGGUGCCCCACGUGGAGAGUCGGAGCAGAUCUUUACCGCAGCUGGACAACAGCAACAUGGAGGAGGACGAGUACUCCAACCAGACCAGCAGCCUCCCCUUCACGCCGACCGCCCCCACCAAGAAGGUCACCUGCCACACCUACUCCCUCCACGCCCCCGGUGAAGAUGUGAGGUCGAAGUCAGAGCCGCCAGGUGAUGACCCGGACACGCUGAAGUCCAACCCUCUGUACCACAGCUCAGAGAGGCCUGAAGGGGGCUCGGCUCAGCGGGGGGAGGAAAUGUACGCCGAGGUUCCCGGGGUGUUGUCACCCACUGGGCCGGCGGACAACACCUACGAGCAGAUCCCUGGAGAACCUGGUCCAGGAAACACCUACGAGUCACUGGAGGAUAUGAAGGUCAAGAAGAACAAACACACCUGGGGAAAAAAUAACAUUAAAUGGAUGAAAUUCCUCCCUGAAUACAAGAAGAAAUGAAAGGUGGAGUUCCUCAAGGCGCCGCUCUGGGCCUCCUGGUUUUCAUUGUUUCAUUUGAACAACAUGAAAGUUGCCUUCUCUUUGUUCUCCACUUAAUUAUGUGUCAAAAUGGGAUAAAAUGAAAGAAUAUAUAAGAGGUAUUAGUUGCUGAGAUGUGCAGAAUAAGGACAUAUCGCCAUUUAAUCGCAUUCUUUUCUUCUGAUCAUAUAUUCAUUGCAAUAAGUUCUUGAUAGUGUCUGAUAGUGUCUGACAUUGUACAGUUUUCCACAUGUGAUGUAAUAUUUUCAAUAAAACUCAUG